AAGAUGGGUGAUAUGUUCGAAGUUUUUGAAGAGCAAAAGCAACAAAGGCUACAAAAGUUUCUAGAGAAUCAGCACCAGCUCCAAGAUGACAAAGAGAGACAUUACCUCUUCCUCUCCUACGACCAUAAUGAGGAUGAGGAACAUCUCUAUGAGUUCUGGAGGGAUAUGGUAAAUGACCUUCUUGGCAAGGUUUUCAAACGGACAUAUGCUUCUCCUGAAGAAAUCUGCAAAUGCUUCACCAUCAAAGGACAGAAACCGUUUGGCCUCGUGAACAUUCUUCGAGAAAUGAGACUUAGGAAGGAACUUAUAGACCCAGAUGAACUUACUGAUGAAGUUGGAUGGGUCAGCAAGAAAAUAUCAGCAAUUACGAGUUGGUUCGGGUCUUCUAAUGAAGAGCUGGACACCUCCUCAAAACUAGUCUCAGUAACCUGGUUAGAGAACAUCUGUAGCUCAAUUACCACAUGGGCUUUCAAACAAGAGACUCAGAUUUUCAACAAGAAACAGAUAGAAGCUGUUCUUUACAAAAAUGGGAGGGAUAAAGAGGAUGUUAAACUGGUUCUUGCAAACCUCAUAAAAACAGACAGAAUGAUCAUUGAAGGAGAUUAUGUGAAGAUAGGACAUAGUGGCGAAAUAGAAGAGUUUACCAACUACGAAAAAGCUACCUUCAAACUCAAUUAUGCUGCAGAGGAGCUACAAGAAAGGAUAAAUAUCAUCAAACCAAAGAUCACUGAACUUAAGGAGAAAGCUAAAAAUGCUCUAAAAGAGAAAAAUCGAGAUCUUGCAACUAACCUUGUCAGAGAGAAGAAAGCUCUUGAAAGAGUAGAAAACAUUCUAGAAGGACAGAAGAUGAAGAUUGAGAAGCAGGUCUUAGAUAUCCAAAUGACUUUAUCAACUAAGGAUACUAUUGAGGCUUUAAAGCUUAGUAAUAAUCAACAAUCCAUCAUUGACGAUGACCUUGAUGAUGCUCAAGAAUUAAUGGAUGCGAUCACCGAAAAGAACUACAAUCUUGAUAAGAUCAACAAAAUGUUCACAUCAGACGAUGUAGAGGAAGAGAUGGAUGAAGACUUGCUCAAAGAACUUACUGAAGAGCCUGAUGAAGCAGAAGAAGAGAAGCAACCUUCAAGUCCUCAAAAGGAGAGAUAUCCUGAUGGCUUACUUGAAGAGUUUGAAUCUCCCGAUAAAGAAUACGAAGAGGCUCAACUUGAAUUUGCUUAAUUAAUUUCAAUAAUCGUCCCACUAAC